AGUGUUAAUCUUGCUUUCUCUGGUCCGGACCCUCCCCGGUUUAGCUCACUCAUCGGCGGUGUGUAUGGGGAGAGCGAUCGCUCUCUGUGGUCGCUCGGGGAGGAUAGUGUCAUUCCUUUCCGCGGUACCUUGUUUAUCCGGCUGCACACCCCAACCCGCGGCAGAGCGGAGGAUGAGCGACCAGGGGAAGAGCUCGGUUUCCACUCUUGCCGGUGCCCCAGCCCCGGGAUCGGAUACUUACAAAGGCUGGCUUUUUAAAUGGACUAACUAUUUGAAAGGGUAUCAACGCCGAUGGUUCGUCCUCAGCAAUGGCCUUCUGUCGUAUUACAGGACUCAGGCAGAGAUGGCCCAUACGUGUCGCGGCACCAUCAACCUGGCCACGGCCCACAUCGACACGGAGGACGCCUGUAACAUCGUCCUGAGCAGCGGUGGGCGCACCUACCACCUGAAGGCCAGCACAGAGGUGGAACGUCAGAGAUGGGUCACAGCGCUGGAGCUGGCCAAGGCCAAAGCCAUCCGCAUGAUGAAUGACCAGUCUGAUGACUCAGGGGACGAGGAGCCCACGACCCAGUCGGACCGCAGUGAGGGGAUCCAGGGCACUCUGAAGACCCUGAUCAGCAAGCUUGAUGACCUCAGCACGUGUAACGACCUAAUCGCCAAGCAUGGGGCGGCCCUGCAGCGCUCUCUGAGUGAACUUGAGGCGCUGAGAGUCCCCGUGGAGGGAGGAGAGAAGAUCAAGGGCGUCAAUGAACGCGCCACCCUCUUCCGCAUCACCUCGAAUGCUAUGAUCAAUGCGUGUCGCGACUUCCUGGACCUAGCGGAGACCCACAGCAGGAGAUGGCAGCGGGCGCUGCAGUAUGAGAGAGAGCAGCGUAUUCACCUGGAGGAGACCAUAGAGCAGCUAGCCAAGCAACACAACAGUCUGGAGAGAGCCUGGAGAGAGGCCCCCACACUAUCCGCCAACACACCCAGCUCCUCCACCACCAAGAAGGGAGGGAGUGAGAGGCCUCAGAAAGGGGAGGCGAGUGAUGAAGAUGAGGAUACAGAAUACUUUGACGCCAUGGAGGACUCCCCUGCCUUUAUCACAGUAACAGCCACUGAGAACACACAGCACAGGUGUUCUCAGACUAACCUGUGUGGAGCGAGUGGAGGCCAUACCAAUGAUUGGAACCAGGACAAUGUGUCUCCUAGCUGUAAGGAUUCCGGGAAGGAGCUUCAGCCCCUCAGAAGGAGGCGGAGCCACAUCCCAGACAAGCCCAACUACUCCCUCAACCUGUGGAGCAUCAUGAAGAACUGUAUCGGCAAGGAGCUCUCCAAGAUCCCCAUGCCUGUGAACUUCAACGAGCCUCUGUCCAUGCUGCAGCGGCUGACAGAGGACCUGGAGUACCAUGAGCUGCUGGACAAGGCGGCGCGCUGCGAGAGCUCCCUGGAGCAGCUGUGUCUGGUGGCAGCCUUCUCUGUGUCCUCCUACUCCACCACCGUCCACCGCACGGCCAAGCCCUUCAACCCCCUGCUGGGGGAGACCUACGAGCUGGACCGCCUGGACGACUUGGGCUACCGCUCGCUGUGUGAGCAGGUGAGCCAUCACCCCCCAGCAGCAGCUCACCAUGUGAUUUCUCAGCGAGGCUGGACCCUCUGGCAGCAAAUCACCAUAUCCAGCAAGUUCCGUGGCAAAUACCUCUCCAUAAUGCCUCUGGGUGCCAUUCACCUGCAGUUCCACUCCAGUGAGAACCACUAUGUGUGGAGGAAGGUAAUCUCCACCGUGCACAACAUCAUCGUGGGCAAGCUGUGGAUUGACCAGUCGGGGGACAUUGAGAUAGUCAACCACAGGACCAAGGAGACGUGCCAGCUCAAGUUCUCCCCCUACAGCUAUUUCUCCAGGGAUGUCCCACGCAAGGUGACAGGGGUGGUGUCAGACAGUGGAGGGCAGGCCCACUAUAUCCUGUCUGGCACGUGGGACGAUAAGAUCGAGAGCUCCAAGAUCGUCCAGAGCAGCAAAGGGGGCAGCGGCUCCGAGGGCAAGCAGAAGACUGUCUACCAGACCCUGUCCCCCAAACUACUGUGGAAGAAAUACCCUCUCCCGGAUAACGCUGAGAACAUGUACUUCUUCUCCUCGCUGGCGCUGACGCUGAAUGAGCCGGAGGAUGGGGUGGGGCUGACGGACAGCCGGCUGAGACCGGACCAGAGGCUGAUGGAAGCAGGGAGAUGGGACGAGGCCAACUCUGAGAAACAGAGAUUAGAGGAGAAACAGAGAGCUGUGAGGAGGAGGAGAGAGGCAGAGGCCACAGAUGCACUGGACAACGGUCGAGAGUAUGAGGGCUUCCAGCCACAGUGGUUCCACAAGAGGAAGAACGCCAUCACUGGGGAGACAACCUUUGUGUACAAGGGUGGAUACUGGGAGGCUAAGGACAGUCAGGACUGGAGUACGUGCUCUGAAAUCUUCUAAGCCUAGACCAGACCCAUCCUUCCCCAUCACUGGACCCACCCAGGCCCAGGAGACUGCUCCACCACUGGCCCUGGAGGAAUGGGGGUCUGGGUCUGGAUGUGGACCUCUGUGUGCAUGAGAAUGUGAAUGUCUCACACACUCACAACACAGUGUACCUCCCCAUGUACACACAGAGGUCAUAUUUUUUACAGAGUCAAGGGAGAGAAGGGACCUUUUCUAGAUCCUACCCUGACCUAACACUGAGCUGUGUGGGUGUGUGUGAGAGAGAUGGGAGAUUGAAUACCAUAGAAAAGGGGCCCCAUAGAGACUUCCAAAAGAAUCAGGUGCUCCACACACGCUACCCACAAUGCACCUUUCCUCUGCUCAGCACAUCUGUUUCUAGGGGUUUUAGUGAUUGAACAGCAACCCAUCUAAAUCAGUUAUCCUCUCCUCCACUUGUACUGGGAUGAGAUAAAGUCCAUCCUGUCUAACGGACAGAUGGACAGACAGACAGAGAGACAAAAAAUAAUGCUUCAGAAGUUUAUAGAGAGACAGUGUAUAUAUGUAAUAAUGUGUGUGUAUAUAUAUAUAUAUAUAUAUAUAUAUAUAUAUAUAUACACAAAC